AGUUUUAUUACUAAACAGAAUUAUUUACAGCAUGAAAUGAUUCACACUGGAGAAAAACCAUUCAAAUGUCAGUUUUGUGAGAAGAGUUUUAGCAGCAGAAGUAAAUGUAGGGUACACGAAAUGACCCACACUGGAGAAAAACCAUUCAAGUGCCAGUAUUGUGAAAAGAGUUUUACUACUAAACAGAAUUAUUUACAGCAUGAAAUGAUUCACACUGGAGAAAGACCAUUCAAAUGUCAGUAUUGUGAAAAGGGAUUUAUUGUUAAACAGUAUUAUUUACAGCAUAAAAGGAUUCACACUGGAGAAAAACCAUUCAAAUGUCAGUUUUGUGAGAAGCGUUUUAUUUUUAAACAGAAUUAUUUACAGCAUGAAAGGAUUCACACUGGAGAAAAACCAUUCAAAUGUCAGUUUUGUGAGACAAGUUUUAGCAGCAGAAGUAAAUGUAGGGUAAUUGAAAUGAUCCACACUGGAGAAAAACCAUUCAAAUGCCAGCAUUGUGAUAGGGGUUUUCGUCACAAAAAGAAUUGCAUACGACAUGAAAGGCACCACACUGAAGAAAACCCAUUUAAAUGUGAAAAGAGUGAAAAGAGUGUUAUGGACAAAUGUGAACAUGAGCAGCAUGAAGAGAUGCACAUAAGAGUUCCACUUCAGCCUUCAAAAAAGGAUUGUCAAAAAGAGGAUGUACCACAUAGCACAGUGGCUUCGCUGCAGUAUAUAAAAGGGGAAUUAGAAGACAAGGACAUGUGGCACGAGACAAAGGAACUGAGGGAAUCUGAUAUAGAAGCUGUAGUGAAGAAGGAAUUGAAUGAAAAAAUUGCUCCAGAAGUGAGACCUGAGAUCUAUCCUGUCGCCAUGUUUAAAAAUAUUUUUGCAGAUACAGAUACAUAAUAUCUGAUAAUACAUAACACAACGCAGGCUAAGAUGGUAAAAAGCUAUCAUUACAAGACCAAGGCCCUGGAACUCAAAAGCAUCGCGCGUUGCGAAUAGCGAUUUCACUUACAGGCUACAGUGUAUAAUAUGGGGCGAAUAUGGGCGAGUUAUGGAAUCGCGACGUUUGCGCUUGGUCGCAAUGUGCGAUGCUUUCGAGUUAUGAGGCCCUGGGCUCCGUAUCU